AUGGAUCCAUCCCCGUGGCAAGUGGAUAAACCCAUAAAACACACGCUAGCGAACACCACCACACAACCGAACAGAAACGCAAAUACCUACACACUCCUCAACCACAACAACCAGAGAAAAAAAAAAUCAAACACGAUGACCACGCCUAUCUUCUUCUCAAAACCGCCAUUAAUCUCUCACCAGAGCUCUCAAUUCCUCACCAUUUCCACUCCAAAUCUCCCCUCUUUCCUCAUUUCUCGUCCAUCGAUCAAUUUUCAGAGGAAAAAUGCAACCUCAGAUUCCACCACAAUCAUAGACACUCCCUCCGUAUCUUUAUACUCCGAAGACGACGAUAAAGCAGCGGUUGAGGCCAAAAUUGGGUCUAGGGUUAGGGUUAAAGUGCCAUUAAAGGUGUAUCAUGUGCCCAAAGUUCCUGAAUUUGAGCUGACUGGAAUGAUUGGGGUGUUGAAACAAUAUGUUGGGGUUUGGAAGGGGAAGAGAAUUUCAGCGAAUUUUCCGUAUAAGAUUGAGUUUGUGACGGAGAUUGAAGGGCGUAAAGGUCCGGUCAAGUUCUUCGCGCAUCUGAGAGAAGAUGAGUUCGAGUUAUGAGGGCACGCAAUUAUAAUAGGUUGAUCGCAGAACUGUUGAUAUGCCCGGUUAGAUGUCAGAUUACAUUUCCGUUUAUUAGGAUAUUCUUUUCUUAUAUCUGGAAUUGAACAUAUGGGGACUAUGACAGGAUAGUUAAAUGUGACCAUGCCUGCAUGGGUAGUUUAUUGUGAUGAGAAUGUAAGAUUUCAUUUCCAUUUAUCUAUACAUUCUUUCCUUAUUUCGGGAAUUGAACAUCUGGUGUAGGUUGUGCUUGCUCAGUUACUUCUAAUGAUGAGAAACUGAGAUUGCCCUUUUAUAUGAAAUUUUGGUUCUUGUUUCCAGUGACGAUAAUGUGAUCAUGCUUGCAAUGGAAAUUUUAAAACAUCCGACUGAUAUGUGUAUUCCAAAAAUUCUAUGUGGGAAGAAUUAUCUACUUGUUUUAGAUGAUGUGUGGGAUCAUAUUUUUUGUUUUUACAAUGUGCAAGGGAAAGUAAGGUUUU